GCUGUGCGCCUGCGCGGCGCCCACUCCCGGCUGGCGUGCCGGACCGGAGCAGCCGGAGGGGCGCGCGCGCACUCGGCCUCGUGCGCGCGCGCGGUGUCACCUUGGGCGCGAGCGGGGCCACGCGCUCUCUGGACCCGGGAGCCUGGGCCCAUUGAGUGGCGAUGGCGGCGACGGCGAGUCCCGGGGCCGGCGGGAUGGACGGCAAGCCCCGUACCUCCCCUAAGUCCGUCAAGUUCCUGUUUGGGGGCCUGGCCGGGAUGGGAGCUACCGUGUUUGUGCAACCCCUGGACCUGGUGAAGAACCGCAUGCAGCUGAGUGGAGAAGGUGCCAAGACGAGAGAAUACAAAACCAGCUUCCAUGCCCUCACCAGCAUCCUGAGGGCAGAAGGGCUAAGGGGCAUUUACACCGGGUUAUCUGCUGGCCUACUGCGCCAGGCCACCUACACCACGACACGUCUUGGCAUUUAUACCGUGCUGUUUGAGCGUUUGACCGGGGCUGAUGGCACACCUCCUGGCUUUCUGCUGAAGGCCCUGAUUGGCAUGACUGCAGGUGCAACGGGUGCUUUUGUGGGAACCCCAGCGGAGGUGGCUCUGAUCCGAAUGACCGCCGAUGGCCGGCUUCCAGCUGAUCAACGCCGUGGUUACAAAAACGUGUUCAAUGCCCUGAUUCGAAUUGCCCGGGAAGAGGGCGUCCCCACGCUGUGGCGGGGCUGUAUCCCCACCAUGGCCCGGGCUGUCGUCGUCAAUGCUGCCCAGCUCGCCUCCUACUCUCAAUCCAAGCAGUUUUUGCUGGACUCAGGCUACUUCUCCGACAACAUCCUGUGCCACUUCUGCGCCAGCAUGAUCAGUGGCCUCGUCACCACUGCUGCCUCCAUGCCCGUGGACAUUGUCAAGACCCGGAUCCAGAACAUGCGCAUGAUUGAUGGGAAGCCAGAAUACAAAAAUGGGCUGGAUGUGCUGGUGAAGGUGGUGCGCUAUGAGGGUUUCUUCAGCCUGUGGAAGGGCUUCACACCAUACUAUGCCCGCCUGGGCCCCCACACGGUCCUCACCUUCAUCUUCUUGGAGCAGAUGAACAAGGCCUACAAGCGUCUCUUCCUCAGCGGCUGAGGAAGCCAGGGGCCGGAACCAGUGUGCCAGGGCUCCCAGUCACCAGCUACUCCGGUCACUGCACCCUGGGGUGGACAGCGGGAGGGCCCUGGACUCAGCUGCCCCAGGCCCCUCUAUUUAUUGCCCCUGCACAGUGUGGCUCCCCCUCCUCCUUUCAUGGUAAAGGACUUUGGUCUGUUUUGUCACCUCCUCCAGCUUGUCCUGGCCCCUGUGGCCUCUCCCUCCCUGGCUGUGCUUUGGGGAGGGGCUGGCAAAGUCCUGAGGAUUUCUGAUCUCCUCCUGGGUGUUUGCUUCAGGGAUACAGGACAGCAGAAGGCCCCUCCUCGUGGGGUCCCCAGGAAGCAGGAAGAGGAUGGGUGACCGCAGAAGCCAUCAGGAUGGCCAAGGGUCCUCAGUGGGAUGCCUCACUGGGGACUUAAUAAAUUGUAUUGGCGAUAACCACGUCCACAUCUAGAGGGUUAUGGGGGGGUAAAGGGGGAGGAGACUGGGCAAAGAAGCCAAGGCCCUCCCCCCCAACCUCUAGGAAUCAGGAACUGGAGUUUUCAGCAGAAAUUAUUAAAGCAAAAGACCCUGCUGGUUUCUGCCAA